AUGCAACUGAUUAAUGAGGUCUUGCACGAGUUCCUCUACCGAGGAGUGUUGGUGUACUUGGAUGUCAUUUUAAUCUACACUGAAACAAUGGAGGAACACGUGAAAUUAGUCAGGAAAGUGCUGGAGAAACUGCUAAAUGCACAGUUGUAUGCAGAACUAUCCAAAUUGCCAGGAGAUUUGGGAAACCAGCUAGAAGCCAAGUUGGACAAACCAUCUGUGGUGCACUAUCUCUGCUCUAAGAAGACAGACAGUUAUUUUACAUUGUGGCUGAAUUUAGAAUUGUUGCUUCCAGUUAUCAUUGACUGCUGGAUAGAUAAUAUCAGGCUAGUGUACAAUCGAACUAGUGGAUCUACUGCUCCCCCGGAUGGGGUUGAUAUCAAAGUCCCUGGAUUUGGGCAGACCUUUUCAUUGGAAUUCCUUGAUCCUAGUAAAAGAAGUGUUGGCACGUACUUUUACACGCUGGUGCAAAACCUAGUAGAGCUGGGCUACCAACGAGAUGAAAAUAUUAGAGGCGCACCCUAUGACUGGCGGAAGGCACCAAAUGAGAAUGGAGACUAUUUUGGGGCUCUCCAGAAGUUGAUCGAGAUAAUGUAUGAAGAGUAUGGCGAACCGGUGGUCUUAAUUGCUCACAGCAUGGGAAAUAUGUAUUCUCUGUACUUCCUCAGCCAUCAGCCACAGGAAUGGAAAGACAAAUACAUCAGGGACUUUGUGUCCUUAGGAGCUCCGUGGGGAGGAGUCGCUAAAGCUUUCCGAGUGCUGGCAUCAGGUGACAACAAUCGGAUUCCUGUUAUCAGCUCCUUUAAGAUCAGGGACCAGCAGAGAUCUGCUGUUUCCACCAGCUGGUUGCUUCCUUACAAUUACACAUGGUCUCCAGAUAAGAUCUUCGUCACCACACCAUCUGCAAACUAUACUAUUCGGGAUUUCCAGAAGUUCUUUGUGGACAUUGGUUUUGAGGAUGGUUGGCUCAUGAGAAAAGAUACUGAAGCUUUGGUUUACAGCAUGACUCCUCCAGGGGUACGCAUACACUGUCUUUACGGCACGGGGGUAAAUACCCCAGACUCAUUUUUCUAUGACAGGUUACCAGACAAGGAGCCGACGAUCUUCUACGGGAACGGAGAUGGAACAGUGAACUUAGAAAGUGCCUUGCAAUGCCAGAAGUGGGUGGGUCAGCAGAAACAAAAGGUGAUGCUUUAUGAACUUCCAGGAAGUGAACAUAUUGAAAUGCUGUAUCAUAACCUAACCAUAUCCUAUGUUAAAAAGGUUCUUUUUGGCUCAUGAUACAGUACAGCUCAACCUUUUUUCUCCAAGAUGUUUGAAUGCUUUUUUAAAUGGGGAAGCAAGAAUGGAAGUUUUGGACCUCUAUUUUUAAGGCUUUUAUUAUUAUUAUUUUUGGCUUAUUGAGUCUUCUUGGAAAUCUGCUUUUAUGUCAGUUAAUGGUUACUUGUUUCCUAGAGUAAUGCUCGUAACUUGCCUGACAAAAUGCACUUUAGCUGCAUUUAGGCAUCUCUAGUGCCAUCUGUGUGAAGACUGUUCCGUGCUUAUUCUCUGGGAUGUAGAGAAUAUUUCUCUUUCCAUAUUUAUUAAGCUAUAAUAACAUUAAGGAGAGGAUAUUAGGAUUUACACCCAGAGGUUAAGUGCUGGAUUGUUAUCGCCAGUAUGAACCUGGGCAUUGUGAAACCCCAGUGACAGGUGUUAACAUAGAGAGGCAUGGAUUUAACCUUAGAGUAACCUUAACCUUAGAGCUCAACCUCAGCCAGAUGUGAAUUGUUCUUGAAAAUAAUGCAGGAGCUUGGAAUUCCUUACAAGGUUUUCUAAAGUAAGAUGAACCUAUUAAUUUGGUUCCUACCUGAAAGGAUGCAGCUAAAGGCUAACGAGAGAGCUCUUUAUUAAUGAUUUUCACAUUAGCAUCCUUAAGGUGGUGAUCGAGAUCAUUUAAUUCUUGACUGUUUCAGUAUUGUCAAAGGCUAGUGCUGAGAUAGGCACUAGCCUUCCAUCUGCGAUUUGCAGUGAUCUUCCAACAACCCAUUGUUUUUUGAAGCAAGAUACUAAUCCCACUAUUUUUGCUACUGCAGAUAUGAAAUUUGGAUGUUGCUAAAUAAGUUUUAAUAAUAUAUUUCCCCAAAUCCAGGCAUGCACUAGAUACAAUAUUGAUAUCCGUUUCAACUGGUGGUGUCAAUCCUCUACCCUAUUCCUUUGAUUCCCUCCUAUAGGGGAGAUCAAGUCUUCUUUCAUAAAGCUAAAAAGAAUAGAAGGGCAUAAUUUAGGUCUGCAGUGAGCACUCAUAAUCGUGAGAAGCCCCUUGAGAGAACGACAGCUAGAAUUCCCUGGAAUUAGAGAAGACAAAUGAUUCGGAACUUGGCAGUUGGUACGUGUGGCCACCCAAAUAGGAGCCUGUAGUCAUCUGUUCAAUAGCAAUCCAGCAAUAAAAUAACUUGAGUGAAUGCAGCCCAGUGCUGGUUUCAGGUUGCUUUGUGCUACUCCAUAUAGAGUUCCUGUCUGUUGAACAUAGUUGCUAACUUUCGAAGGGUAAAAUGUUAAACCUGGACAUUUUUCAGUCCGUGAUUUCAUAGAAUGCUUUGAAUGCAAAACUUUGAAAUUUGUGCCAAACCUCCCAGCUGGAACAUCAGAGUAAUCUGGAAGUUUCAACACAGUUAUUUCAAGUCUGUCCUCCUCUGACCAGAAUGUGGAGCACCACUUGGGCAAAUGCUCUGUUUCUGAUUCGAAGGCCUUGGUCUGUGUGUCUGAGAAAACAAAUACAUGGAAUCUGCCCAAAACAGCUCGUUGUCUGCUUUGUCAUUAAGCUUGUGUAAUAUACUCAUGCCUUCUUCUCAUCUUCCACUUUUUAUAGAUCAUGAAGCAUUCGGCUGUUCAGUUCAUUACAUUUUAGGACAGACUCACAAGCUGCUUACCUCCAAAUGGAUCAGGCUGCAAUCCAUCCUAUCAGAUGGCCUUUUUUCCUUUUAAUCCCACCUUUAUUAUUUUUAUAAAUAACUCAAGGCGGCAAACAUAUUUAAUACUCCUUCCUCCUCCUAUUUUCCCCACAACCUCAACCCCGUGAGGGGGAUUGGGCUGAGUUUUUAGCGUCAGAUCGGUGUUGGCUUCUUUGUUCAGUAAUGCCAGGACUUAGCUUAAAGGUUGCUGACAAUCGUCGUGAACCAGGUGCAGUUUACAACUUUGGAAUGUUUCCACCACUUUCUUCCGUGAGAAGAAUGCUUCAAGCCAUGCCUUGAAAUUGUCAGAGUAAAUCUCUUUUCCUUUUUAAUGUAGUUGCAAUUGUUAGUUCUUCAGGGUCUCAGUGCCAGUGCCACCUGACAAGCCACCAUCCCCGACUUUGAUUACAGGGUGAAAUGUUUCUUACAAACACCUGCAUUGUAUCUAGCCUACAUUUAAAGCCUCAAGGUACUAUUAAGUGUAGGGCCAGCUGAACUCUUGUGGCUGAAAUACACCCUUUUAAGUUCCUUUUGUGGGCAGAUUUUUGGUCUGGCCUCUAUAGCAAUUUUUUUAAAGUCUGUUGCAGUAGAGAACUGGAUAAGAAAAUCCAUCGUUUGGAAGAAGGAUGUGAAAUGUCUUCAGUGUUUGGCUAUCUGACACUGUAUUUACAUAGUGCCCCGAGAGACAUGGCAUGGAAUCUAAGCAACCCCCCCCCCCGCCAAAUGUGCAUAUGCCCACCAUUAAUCUCAGUUGUUUCUAAGGCCUGAUGUUCAUCCAUGUUCAUAGGGAAUUGGUUGCUUCUAGUCCUUUGACCAAGCAACACUUCUGUGCAUGUCUCGAUCCAAUUUUGUAGUGCUGUCAGAAUUUUGCCUGUGACCCUCAUCCAUCUAGGCCUUCAUCUUCUACCCCACCAGCUUAGUGACUGUUUUUGUAUCAAUUUUUGUGUCCGCUAGUAGCUGUCAAAUAUGAUAGCUUCCAUAGGCCUCUCAUUGAUGUCUCUGUAGGUGAUGGUAUUUUUUUAUUCCAAGAAACCUUACUCUUUACCUUUUGUCUGUGUGGUGCCUUUUUGGUGUCAUCCUCUAACUGAGGAUUCAUCCUCUGGCCAUUUGUGGUAAAUCUUAUUCAGACAACAAGUAGUUUAUACCUGCAGCAAUCCAGGAUGAAUAGUCUUUAUAUCUAUCACUUAAUAUUGUUAAUUAUGUUGGUCUAUAAGCCUAAAUAGGUUCCAACCUGUCCAGCGUCUUAAUUUGUUCAUGACUGAUAGCCAUAAACCUCAAGCUGCAAAUUGGCUUUAUAAAACUGGCUUUUCUGAACCCACAUCUCAGAAGCAAGAACUUACAUAAUGGUUUUCUGUAGCUUGGGAAUGAAAUGCUCAGAGUCACAUUUUCACUGGACAAAGACGAUGUUGGUUAGCGGUCCUAGAAUCUAUUUCUUUGGAUCAUGCUUUUAUUGGUUACCAAGACAGUAUAUGAAGGUUGCAUUCCCCCACCAGAUUCAAGGUAUGUCUUGCAACUCACAAGUGCUUAUAAACACUUUUUAAUCCAUCCAAAUUUUUGGCUUUUCGAAAACCCAAAUACUUUCUAAGGACCAAAUGUUGUACUACUGAGAGAUUACUGUAUGUAUGUAUGUA